GGGCCGUUGCUUCAGGCCGAGGGGUGGGGGUCUGGUUCAAACUCUGAUAGAAGGCCUACUCGCUGUAUGCCUUCUAUCAGAUUCAGCAUCUUUUAGAAAUGGGCCUUUUGUUCCAGUUUUAGUUUUGUCGAAUAUCUCCACCUAGCGAUAGACUCCCGCCGCCUUGUGACCUAUAUACCUAAAACUACAAAUACCAUAAUUAUUUCGCUAAAGAAGUAAGCAGUCAUGCGGAUGGAAACAGAGCUGGGCAUCCGCUGUGGUGCAAGAACAAGAAAGUUCGAGGAAAGAUGCAUGAAGAGAAUGACAGCACAGAAUGUUCUUCAAAAGAUACACGGAUUAUGUGCUGUAAAUCCGUGGAUGUGGCUGAAGUUGAUGCAGCAAAGGACCAAACCCCGAAAUUAUGCGGUUAUUUAAAUAAACUUGCUGGAAAGGGACCUUUAAGGGGAUACAAACCCAGGUGGUUCGUUUAUGAUCCCAGGAAGUGUUAUUUGUAUUACUUCAAGACUCCUCAGGACGCUCUGCCUCUGGGACAUAUAGAGAUAGCCGAUGCGUGCUUUAGCUAUGAUGUUGAGGGGGAUGAAGGGCAGUUCGAGAUCCGGACCUCGGGGAAGGAAUUUCUUCUCAAGGCCCCUAACAGGCAGGUGAUGCAUUACUGGCUCCAGCAGCUCCAGCAGAAACGCUGGGAGUUCAGUAAUACCAGGGGGUCUGGCCAGAGAGACAGCUGGAGCUCUCCAACCCUGCUCUACCCACACACGGGCCUGGUAGCCAAAGAUACAGAUGCUUUCCUCUUUGAGAAGUCCAGCGAGAGCAUGGAGAAAGUACGCAGUGACUUUUCCAUGGAGAUGGAUAUCGAAAGUAUGGUGGGGAUCCAGUCAGCCAGAGGACCAGCUGGCACAUCCACCCUCAACUCCCUCAAACACUGGGGCACAGAGAUCAGGAACUCAAUGUCGCACCUGCGGGCGGGGCGGGGCACGGACAACCGGCGCAGUGUUUUCUAUACAGGCAACUCGGAGGACUGGGAGCUGGUGGAUGCUCCAGCCAGGGACAGCCCUGAGCAGAAGCCUCACCCAGACACCCACAGACAUUCGAUUGUGUCGCAUUUCAACUUUGAUUUUGCACGUGCUACGCGCUCUAAGAGACCCUUCCUACGGGACAUGAUGGCCUCAGGGAAGUUUGGCCGUGGAACAGAGAGUCGCAGUCCAGAGAACUCCCCGGUGGAGUGUAAUGGCACCAAACCCAACAAGUUGCAGCUUCGUCCUCAGAUUCAGCAGGAAGAGCUGGGCCUUAUGCACCAGGAACAGGCCAAACUUCAAGAAGAGCUGGCAAGCCAGAAGGAGCUGGUGAGGCUUCUACAGCAGACCCUGAGGAGCUCCCAGUUUGAACAAUAUCUAGCAGGCAGCCCUACUGCGGUCUCAACCCCAGGUCAAGAUUCAAGCCUAGAACCAGGCCCAGGGGGAGACCAGGAACGAGCCCAGGCCCAGGCUCUCUUCCAGGAGAGAGAGGAGCAGAUCAAGGCCCUGUGUGGCCACUUGGAGCGGCUUGGCCUGGAGAAGGAGAGCCUACAGCAAGAGCUGAAGAGCCUGAAAAUCAAGGUGGGUGAGAUCAAUGACCAGCUGGGAAUGCUGAUGGAGACCAUCCAGGCCAAGGAUGAAGUCAUCAUCAAGCUCUCCCAGCAAAGUGGUGAGGGUUGGGACGGAUCCCCAGAGGGCAGCUCACCACCCCCUAACAAGGACCAGCAGGAACUACACAACCUCAAGGACAGUCUUGAAGGAUACAAGUCUCAGAACAAGUUCCUGAACAAAGAGAUCCUGGAGCUUACCGUUCUACGCAGGAAUGCAGAGAGCAGAGAGAAAGCAAUGGAGGCAAAGUACACAGUCCUAGAGGCCCAGCUGUGCCAGGUGGAAAGUAAGUACCUGGUUCUGCUCCAGGAGGUGAAGACCCCAGUGUGUUCAUCCUCAGAGCAGACUCAGGCCAGCGAGGUAAUCUCCAGAUUGCUAGAGGACGCCCUGCAAGUUGAGACCGCUGACGUGCAAGAACACACCAUCAUCAAGCCACAUCCCGUCAGUGAGUAUGACGUGUAUGGCUUCAAAACGGUCCCUGAGGAGGAGGAUGAGGAGGAGAAGCUGGUGGCCAAAGUGAGGGCCCUGGACCUGCAUUCACUCUCCCUGACCGACCAGGAGGUAUCUGUGGGGGUGAAGUGGGAGAACUACCUUUCCAGCAUCAUGAACAGGGAGAUGGUGCGCUCCCCAGAGCUCAAGACCCUGAUGCGAAACGGCGUGCCUCAUGUGCACCGUUCCAAAGUGUGGCGCUGGUGCGUGGCCUUCCAUGUCAAGAAAUUCCGUGACAGUUUAGCGACAGACUAUUAUGAAACCCUCCUGCGUGUGGCCCGGGAGAAACCCAACCCAGCCUCCAAACAGAUCGAGCUGGACCUGCUGCGAACUCUUCCUAACAACAAGCACUACUCCUCCCCCAGCGCAGAUGGCAUCCAGAAACUCAGGAACGUUCUGAUGGCCUUCUCCUGGAGGAACCCAGACAUUGGCUACUGCCAAGGCCUCAACAGGCUGGCAGCCAUUGCGCUUCUCUAUCUAGACCAGGAAGAUGCCUUUUGGUGCCUCAUAGCCAUUGUAGAAGUCUUCAUGCCUCGGGACUACUACACCAAGACUCUGCUGGGCUCACAGGUUGAUCAGCGUGUGUUUAAGGACUUGAUGAGUGAGAAGCUGCCCAGACUCCAUUCACACUUUGAGCAGUAUAAGGUUGACUUCUCCCUCAUCACUUUCAACUGGUUCCUGGUAGUGUUUGUGGACAGUGUGGUCAGCGACAUCCUCUUCAAGAUAUGGGAUGCCUUCCUCUAUGAGGGGCCUAAGAUCAUAUUUCGCUGUGCCCUUGCGCUCUUCAAGUACAAAGAGGAGGAGUUUUUGAAGUUGCAGGAUUCCAUGGCUAUAUUCAAGUACCUCCGCUGUUUCACACGCACAAUCCUGGACUCAAGAAAGCUGAUGAACAUGGCCUUUGUGGACAUGAACCCAUUUCCUCUGAGGCAGAUCCAGAACAGACGCACCUUCCAUCUGGAGAAGGUCCGCUUGGAGCUAACAGAGCUGGAGGCCAUCCGACAGACCUUCCUCCGGGAGAGGGAGAGCACUAUGGAUGGAAGGACCUACAUCAGUGAGGAUGAGGAAGACAACUAGCUAGCUGGCAAUGUGGUAAUGAUUCAAUUUCUCUGGCUCAUGUACAGUACAAACCAAACAAGGAGAGAGGAAUUUACGUUUUUUGACUAUAGUGUUGGGUACAACAUGUCUUGCAAGCCAAGCCAAUUGCAUGCUCUGUUUACUGCCUGAGAGGUGAAGCUGGCAGCCUGCUUUUCAUGAAGCUCUGUGGACCAAAAUGUUAUUACCCAACUGUUUUUGUAUCAGUAUUCCAUCCAUCUUUUGUAAAUGUCUUAAUUAGUCUUUGUUUGUUUGUGUUUUGGUCAAGGGACUGAGAGCUAAGAGGUUGGAAUACCAAACAGAAUUAUUUUGAGUAUGUUCAGUUCCAUAUUACAAUUUGUUUGCAAGCUCAGACUUAAGUAUAUUCAAAGAAAGAGUCUUUGGAGUACAGAGCUUUUCUUAGUGGAGGGAGAGAUUGUAUUUUCAAUGAUAAAACAUUCUAUAGCUUUUGAGAUGAAACUUCACUGGCAUGUUUUAGACUUUUCUAAGUUACUGUUUACUAACUCCUGAGUAAGAAUCAUACUCUAGGAGAUUCCUUAUGUCUGUCAAGCACUUGAAUCACUUUGACACAGUUUCCAUAAAUACUAAAUCAGGAGUGUUCCACAGGGUUUCUUGUUAUUACAGAUGGAAGAGGUAAAGGAAUAGUAGCCUACCUGGAACCACACCGGUUCCAGGUACUUUCACAACUGCACACAUAAUGGGGACUGAACUUACUAUGUUAUACUUAAUUUUCACACACCUUUCCUCCCCAUUAUUUGACAUUUUGACAAUGAUUGACCAAAUGUGUCCACGAUUUUGUUUAGACAAUUUGGGUACGUUCCUCAAUGUUAAACUUGGAUUGCGUGUAUGGCACCAUAUCGAGGAACUAUCGUUUUUAGGCCUGUCAUGUCAGUUCACAUGUUCACCUCUAAGAGGCAGUAUUGGCUAGGCCAACCCUGGUCCUCGAGAGCCUCAGUCCUGCAUGUUUUAGAUGUUUCCCUGCUCCAGCACACCUGA